AUGGUUCCCCAGCCCAUUAACAUCGCUUCGUCGGCGACCGGUGUGGAACGGCGUUGUUUCAAAAAUCGCUGGAUCACAUGCUUCUUCCUACUUCUGCCGAACAGCGGUACUGUAAUUCUGGAUAUUCUUUUGCUUGCUUAUCUUCAGAAGCAUGAUGAGUAUAUGUGCUGGGCUGGAUGCGUUUCGAACAUCCACUCUCUCGAAAACACUCAAGCAGACGCUCAUCUUGAUGCAUCACUGCUUGUGACUUCUGAGACAGGACGAGAGACGACAGAGAGUGUUGUUGAUGGGUGCGGUAUUUUCAGCUGGUCAUCAGUCCAUAAGGCGGAAUCUCGUCCCGAUCGGAAGCUGCAGCAACACUUUGAUAACGUGCAGACGUCAGCGAAGCUUUUCGCGAAUCCUGUCAUGAUGGUGAUGUUCGAGAAGUCCUGGAUGAUGGAAGAUGCCGCCCCACCUUUUCAUCAGGCAGCGAGCCAAGACAAGACAAGAGAGGAAAGGGGAGGAAUACACAAGACCACUCGGACCCGGCAGAUUUUCUUCUCGAUUUCACGCAGCGGGCAUCCAACAUACCAGCAGCAUUGUUCUUCGGCCAAGUCGCUGCUAUCGCCCUUGCCUCUUCCUUCCAUGCCGAGCUCAACUCUCAGCAUGUCUGGCCUUCCUUCCUCUGAUCCGGCCACAUCAGUGGAGCCAAUUUGCGAAGGCCGCCCAGCAGCAGCUUCCUCGCGAGGCUUCCUUCUGCCUCCUAAGCCGACACGAGCCAAAGCCGAGAAGAUCGGCUUCCUCCAUCUGCCCGACAACAUCCGCAAGCGCAUCUAUGAGCUUGCCGUGUACGAUCAUGACCGUACGGCUGUGUUCCUGCCUCGUGGCCUACCACGAAAGGUUGAGCCUCAUAUUGAUGAUGUGGAUCUAAUCCUCACUGAGCUCGUGGAGCAUCCCGAAAGACUGAACUGCGACGGAAAGAUUGAUAACACCGAGCCUUGCCACUGGACUACCUUAUAUCGACCCGUAGCUAGUGACGACAGCGCCGCUGCUGGUAGCUGGGUCGAGCCCACUCUGCGAUUCUCGUCUGCCCACACUCUCGGAAUGCCGACUCAUGCCGUCUACAAGCGAACCGCUGACGAUCUCAACUUCAUCAACGACGAGUCGGAAGAUGGAGGCGAGGAGUCCGAAUCGGGCCCUGAGGCAUCAGUCGAAGCGCAAGAGGAUAUGCUCGACCUGGGCAGACAGGGGGAGGAAGACAGCGAGAACUCCAUUGUCUUCGAAGACGCGUCUGAACUUGACCUCGCCCACGGCCCCAAUCGCAUCAAACUCGAAGAGCAGUCGGAAUCUGACGCCAGCGAGUCCUCCGUAGUAGGUCGUUACAGCAAGAACGACAGCAUCUUGGACAUUGAAGGCGAUGAAUCCGAAGAUGAUGAGGAUCAUGACUCCGAAAACUCGGACGAUAUUGAGAGCCAUGAUACUGGUGCAUGUGGGAUUUUCAACUGCCCUCAAUGCUCCCAUCGAUCGAGGUUCUUCGGUGGAAUUCAGGCUGAAGUCAACCCCGAAAAGGAUUCCGAUGAUAUCGAGCGCUAUGACAGUGAGGAGCUCACCGGCAUGCUGUACGAAAUCGAAGAACCAGGCAUCUUGCUGGCCUGCAAAGAGAUCAGAGCUCAAUGCCUGCCAGUCUACUACACGCACAACGCCUUCUCAUGGCGCUUCUCAUGGACGGACUAUCAGCGUACCUGCCACAGGUUCAAGAAGUGGCUGAAGUCGGUCGGGCCUGAUCAUAUCAGACUGAUCACGAAGAUCACGCUCCAGGGCCGUCACCGCGUGGAAGAAGGUAUCGAGUUCUCUGCCGACAUUGACCUUCUCGACGACUAUCCAUACUUCGAGACCAAUGUCUACAUCGAGGACGAAGGACCUGAGCUAUGGACUGUCGCAGAAACAAUCAAUCGCGAGAUGUCCAGCUACUUCGAAAUCGUCCAACCUUUUCGAUCGGUCAUCUGUGGCAUGCAUCGGUGA